UCCAGAUAAAUGGAAGGCGUAGUUGAGUUUAGUGGCUCGCUGGAGGAACAGCCAAGUGAUCAGUACACCAGCGAUGAGCAGUAUGCUUUGCAAGUAUUCGAGGAGCAGCUCAAAAAGGCAAAAGAAAGUGAUCGAGAUCGGCAUGUCGAUGAUGCUGCUAAAAUGCAACCGCAGCAAAGUGUUCAACACAUUAAUGAGACUGGACAGGUGUUUACUAAUUUGCUACCACCUCCGGAUGCUGUUCAAUAUGAGUCCCAAUCUCAUGGAAAUGAAAAUGCAUUCCACCAAUCUAUGCCUUCUUGCUUUCAAACUGAGUUUAAUGCAACAGAAGGUUACAUGAAUACCUACAUAAAUACGGAAGUUCAAUUUGCACCCCAAAAUUUUGACUACCCACGAGAGGUGGAACAUGUAGUCAUCGAGGAAUCUGGAUUUGAAUAUUCGAAGCAGGUACUACUUCCAAAUGCGGAAUGUCUGCUACCGAAAAGUGCAAAACGACCAGUCCAUAGUUUGCCGAGUCCUGGAGAAAAAACUGCUGAGAUAUGCUCUGGUGUGAAAAAAUUGCUCAUUAACAGCCCACCAAUAACAACAGGGUCUCGAAAGCGAACUAAAGAUUCGACGACCCCAACGAGUAUUGAAGAUUUGAAGAUUGAAAUUGAUCUGAUAGAGAGCGACCCAAACCAUGACGUCGAGGAACUGAAAAAGAAACGGAACAACUUGGCUUGCCGAGUUCACCGGAUGAAAAAGAAAAAAGUUGAACACAAUCUUGGGGAAGAGAAAAGCACUCUGCAGGAUGAGGUCAACAGCUUGAAAGAAGAGGUCACCAAAUAUCGCCACGAUUUGAAGAAGACUAAUGAUUUCCUGGUUCAACUACAAAAGCACCCAGAAAUGCCCCCCAAGCUGGCGAAGAAGAUAGAGAAGAGAAUUCUGUCGCCGGUGGGUCCUACCCUCUGUAGGCAAGCUCGCAACACGGUGGCGCGACUGCGGCGGUCACUAUUAUUGGCUGAAUUGUCUGCAUACUUUUGGCUGAUUUGUCAGAAUUUCAAAGCGGCUGAAUUGUCUUUGGCCGAAUUGUCUGGACGCGAAAUGAUAUACGUACUGCCUAAUUACACAGAUGAUCACCUUAGUGUGUUAUUAUGGACCUUAUUUUUUUCUAACCUAUCUCGCAAAUAAAAGUGUUCAUUAAAAGUGUUCACUUAUUUGGAAGUUUCACUAGCAUUGUAAGUUGCAUAAUAUCUGUUCUCUGCUUUUCUGGUUGCUAGUGUUUGGGGUAUAUUGAGCGGCCGUGGCUGAGCGUUUAGUGUGUGAGACUCUCAAUCUCUAGGUCGGAGGAUGGAAAUCUCCGAAGUAACCGAAUUUGUGCUAAUUCGAUGUUUAUUUCUUAUUGUUAUUAUUGAACUUCAUAUAGCUGCUUUUCGUCAUUUAUUCGCACGUGUUUGCGAAGCGAAGCUUUGCCUCUGUGCGAAAAGAUAGAAGCAAGUUAGACAAGAGUCUUUCAUAAUUUUGGUGAUUUUGCCAAUGAAAUUGCUUAAUAUGGAAGGUGCAGUUGUAUGCUGUCGGUCAUUUAAGGGUUUUGUUUCUGAUUUGGAAAUUCGAAGAUCUGAAAGCCAGGUGUGAAGAUUUCACCAUUUUACUUUAAAAAGAACUUUUAGGUUGAAUUUUGUUUAUUAUCCAAUUUCGGAAAUCAAAAGCGUGGUUGGAUGCCCCAGUGUAUUGUUACUUUCGUGGUUUUCUUCAUAUAUUUUAUGUAAGCUGUUUUCACGUUUAUUUAUCAGUUUGCAGCACCGGAAGUGCGUUAGACGCUAGUUGAGUUUAAUUCGGAUCCUAUGACUCGCUUGCUCAAACAUAUUUUGCUAAUUUCGCUGGAACUCCAUGCUCGAAAAACGUAUCUUAAUGCAAAUCAAUUCAAGUUUUCAUAUAACAAAGCAAAAUAAUUUGAAUUUCUUUUGCUAUAGUUGUUUGUUCCAAUAACCAAAGUUUUGCGAAUCAAUUUAAGCUGUCAAAUAAUUUCAUAUGUUUCUUCUACUGCUUAAAUUGCUCGCUCGAAAUGUUAUCUUUUAGCGAUUAAUUUCAUGUCUUCAAAAAUAAAUCAAAUGCAGAGUUCUAGUGCAUUUGGCGCCAUUCAUGCAGUUCAUAGGCUGAAAUUUAUUUUGCGCAGCUCUGCUGCCUUGGGAAGCUUGUAGAAUUUUUGUGCUGGUUGUAUUUUAAAUAAUUGUUUCAAACUAAAUUUCCGGGGAAUUUAUAAAGGCUUAACAGCUGAAGUUUGCUGGAUUUUUUUUUACUUUGCCUCAGUGGCUCGUUAUUAUGAGGAGUCUGUACUGCCAUUGUGCUCUGUAAAUAAAUCAGAGGUCUUUCAAUCCUUGUGAUCGAGACAUUCUGUGAUAAUUGUUCAUUAACCGGCUGUCCUUUUUGUUUUUCGUUUUCAUUUAUCUAGUUGUUUGCAAGUAAAGUUGUAUCACCUCAAUUGCUCUUACAUGAUUAGCUUUGAAGC